AUGGGGUGGAGACUGGUGAUUGGCUACCUGGCCUGGGCAGUGGUGGUGGCCGUGAUUGGCUCAGAGAGGAGGACCUAUCAGGUGCAGCAGGGCUCCUGCAGCUAUACCUUCCUCCUACCAGAGGUGGGGAGCUGCGGUCCAGCGGGCGACUUCCAGGUGACUAACUCGCUCCAGAGGGACUCACCUGUGCGCCCAGAUGGCACAGAGCCCAGUGAGCCCACCUGGCAGAAGCAGAGACUGGAGAACCUGGAGACUGUGAUGGAAAAUAACACCCAGUGGCUGCAGAAGCUAGAAAGCUACAUCCAGGAGAAUGUACGGUCUGAGAUGGAGGAGAUGCAGCGUAGCGCUGUGCACACGCACACCGCCGCCAUGCUGGAGAUUGGGACCAACCUCCUGAGCCAAUCAGCUGAGCAGACCCGCAAACUGACAGACAUGGAGACUCAAGUUCUGAACCAAACCUCCAGACUGGAGGUGCAGUUGCUGGAGUUCUCGCUCUCCACCAGCAACCUGGAGAAACAGAUCCUACUGCAGACUCAAGAGAUCCAACGACUCAACGACAAGAGCCGUGUCCUGGAGCAGCAGGUCAUUGCCAUGGAGAGCAGGCACGCACAGGAGCUGCAGGUCCUGCAGCAGGAGAAACUGCAGCUAGAGCAGCUGCUGGAGAGACAGAGCCGUUUGGUCACCCACCUCGAGGGAGAGCUGGGCAGUGCCACCCGCAACAGCACCCAGCUGCAGCGCCAGCAGGGGGCACUAACAGAGACUGUGCAGCAACUCCUGGCCAUGGUCACCCACUGCAACGGGGCCAAGAUCUCCAGCCGGUCCAAGGAAGAGCCAGUGAGCUUCAGGGACUGUUCCGAAAUCUUCAAAUCUGGGAUCACGGAGAGCGGCGUCUACAACGUGCGCCUCCCCAACUCCACACACAUCGUCAAGGUGUUCUGUGAUAUGAAGACCAGGGGUGGAGGCUGGACGGUGCUGCAGCAUCGAGAGGACGGAUCUGUGGACUUCCACCGCAGCUGGAGGGACUACAAAACCGGUUUCGGGGAGCCCUCUGGGGAGUACUGGGCGGGGAAUGACUUCAUCCACCAGCUGACCACAAGCCAGGACUACACCCUGCAGGUCCUCCUGAGAGAUGCAGAGGGGAAUGAGGCUCACUCAAUUUACGAACACUUUCACAUUGACGGAGAGGACAAGAACUACAGCCUGCAUGUGCGAGGUUUCAGCGGCACCGCAGGCCGGACCAGCAGCUUGACCCACCCAGGAACGCCGUUCAGCACUAAGGACCGAGACAACGACCGCUGCAGCUGCAAGUGCUCCCAGAUGGCCUCAGGAGGUUGGUGGUUUGAGGCCUGUGGACCUUCCAAUCUGAACGGAGUAUACUAUGCCGGCACCUCCAAUGUGGUCCGGUACAACGGGAUCAAAUGGUAUUACUGGAAAGGGCCCAGCAUGACGGCUACCAUGACUACCAUGAUGGUGCGGCCCGUGGACUUUUGA